CUCAGUCUCUCUCUCUCACACACACAGAGUGUGAGUGCAGGAAAAUGGAAAAAGCCAAAAUUUCUGGAAAUCGCUUCAGCUGUCCAUUGUGUCUGUAUCUCCUGAAGGAUCCUGUAACGAUUCCCUGUGGUCGCAGUUUCUGUAAGGUGUGUAUUAAUGACCGCUGGGAUCAGGAGGAUGCGAACGGCGUCUACAGCUGCCCCCAGUGUAAAGAGACUUUCUCCUCAAGGCUUGUUCUACGCACGAACGAGCAUUUGGCUAAGGCAGUGGAACUGAAGAAGAUUGAACUCCAAGCUGAUUCUUCUGCUCACUGUUACACUGGACCUGGAGAUGUGGAGUGUGAUUCCUCCACUGGGAGAAAAUACAAAGCUGUCAAGUCCUGUCUGGUGUGUCAGGCCUCUUAUUGUGAAGAACAUCUUAAACCUCACUAUCAGUCUCCUGCCUUUCAGAAGCACCAGUUAGUUGAAACCUUUGCAGAGCUCCAAAAGAAGAUCUGCUCUCAGCACCAUGAACUGUUCAAGAUCUUCUGUCGUACUGACCAAAGCGUCAUCUGUUAUUUGUGUGCAAUUGAGCAGCACAGUGGGCAUGAUACUGUUGCAGCUGAAAAAGAAAGAAAUGAAAAACAGAAUGAGCUAAAGGAGGAGCAGAUGAAAUCCCAGCAGAGGAUCCAGGAGAAGCAGAAGGAGGUGCAGGAGCUGAAACAGACUGUGGACACUAUUAAGAUGCAUUAUCAGGCAGCAGUAGGUGACAGUGAGAGGAUCUUUACUGAGAUGAUCAGCUCCAUGGUGAAAAAGCGCUCGGAGGUGACGGAGCUGAUCAGAGCUCAGGAGAAAGCUGACCUGAGUCGAGCUGAACGACUCCUGAAGCAACUGGAGCAGGAGAUUGCUGAUCUUCAGAGGAGAGUCACUGAACUGGAGCAGCUUUCACACACACACGAUCACAUCCACUUCCUCCAGAGUUUCCCGUCUCUCUGUGUUUCUCCUGGAUGUGACGACUCACCCAGCUUCACUGUCAAUCAACAUCUCUCGUUUGAUGGAGUGAGGAAAUCUCUCUCAGAUCUGAAAAAACGAGUCAAGGAAAUCUGUGAGGAGGAAUUCAACAAAAUCCGUCCACAAGCUGCAGCAGUUCAGAUGAUUUUACCCUCAAAACCAAAGAGCAGAGAAGAUUUCCUGCAGUAUUUCUGUUAUCUGACUCUGGAUCCAAACACAGCACAUCCUAACCUCAUUCUGUCUGAGAAGAACAGAGCGGUGACACACAGUGAGACAGAACAGGAAUACUCUGAUCAUCCAGAGGGAUUUGACUCCUGGCCUCAAGUGUUGUGUAAGGAGAGUGUGUGUGGACGCUGUUACUGGGAGGUGGAGUGGAGGGGUUAUGUGUCCAUAUCAGUCUCAUAUAAAGAGAUCAGCAGGAAAGGACGGGGUUAUGAGUGUGUGUUUGGAUUCAACAGUCAGUCCUGGAGUCUGUAUUGUUUUUCUUCCUCUGUCUGUUUCCGACACAACAACAUUAAGACUGAUCUCCGAGGUCCAUCACCCUCCAGAAUAGGAGUGUAUGUGGAUCACAGUGCAGGAACUCUGUCCUUCUACAGCGUCUCUGACACGAUGAGGCUCCUCCACAGAGUCCACACCACAUUCACUCGGCCUCUAUACGCUGGGGUCGGGACUGGUUCUGACGCAUCUGCGAGGUUUUGUGAUCCGAUGAAAAAAUGAAAUGUUGGUAAAAGUUGAAAUGUUUAGUAAAAUUAUAACUGAGGUGUCAAAUUGAAUUUAUCCCUGAAAUACAAAGACACUUUUGUGUGCAGAAACUGUGGCACUAAUGAAUUAUUAUUUUCAAAGUGCAUCUGUUUUAUAGAUUAAUCAUGAAUAAGUUCCAUAAAUAAAUGUCUUAAUGCAGAAUGUAAGAUAUUUCUAGAAAAAAAUGUUAUCAGACUAUUUUAAA